AUGAUGACGCGUUCCACUUAUUUAGAUACGUGGGUAAUGGUGUGGAGACAAAUUCAAGAAGAGUUUGUGCAGAAAACAGAGGGCUGUGAAGGGACGGCCUGGUAUGAUGCAGACGAAACGUUUGCCGAUGACUCACGGAGAACCCCAGCUACAGAUUGUUGGCAGCGGUGUAGUUCGUCCAUCCAUGCGGACUAUCUUCAGCAACGCCGCCAUCCUCACUCCGAUACAGUGGCUUAUAUUUUUUUUUCUUGUUUUACUGUCGUUGCAUUGCGUACAGGAAUUCAAUCAACUGCUUUUGUCGUUUCCUACAUUCGUUCUUUCUUUCUUUCUUUCUUUCUUUCUUUCUUUCUUUCUUUCUGUCUCUCUUUUCUUCUGUCAUUUUUACACAUUAUGUCUUCAUUUUUCUUUCUUUUUUCUUUCUUUCUUUCUUUCUUUCUUUCUUUCUUUCUUUCUGUAGUCUUCCCCCAUUUUCGUAAUAAUUUUACAUUCUUUGUUUCUUUUUUGUUUGUUUGUAUGUUCCAAAACAUUUUUCUUUAUUUAAUUCUUUUCCUCUCUUUAUGCAAUAAUUUUACAUUUCUUUCUUUCUUUCUUUCUUUCUUUCUUUCUUUCUUUCUUUCUUUCUUUCUUUCUUUCUUUCUUUUUCAUCCCCCAUUUUCGUAA